AUUUCACACACCAGUACCACUAAAUAAAUAAUAGUAUUUUGAUUCUAUACAUUCAUUAAAUAUUAAGCAAUUUAAUAUUAGAAAAGUCUUUUUUUCUAUUCAGUCUUAAAUAUCAUAUGCUUACCUUUACUAAAUAAUGAUGGAUCAAGAAAAACCUGAAAGUACUGUGAAUCACGGAAAGAGAUCACGACCUUUGUUAUUGCAACCAAACGCCAAGAUUCCCAGAUUAUCAGCAUAUGCAAACUCUACAUCUAGUUCAGUGCUAAAGAAUUCAAAGAAAGCAUCGUCUCACUCAAAGAAGAUAAAAGUGUUGUAUAACGCUACCGAUGUUCCAGCCCCUGGCACACCUGUUCCCGACAAGGUUGUACGUAAAGCUGGGCCAUAUUUGCUUGGGCCAAAAUUGGGUCCUAGUCCAGUUAAGAGCAUUGUACAGUGCCUGGCACGCAAGGAGAAAAGUGACGAUUUCUAUCAAAUAAAAAUACUUACGUUAAAGCCUGAAGGGCAGCCUGAAACACAAGAUGAUAGACAGGGAAAAAUGCUGUUACAUACAGAGUAUUCAUUAUUAUCAUUAUUGGAGGAUCGAGAUGGCGUAGGACAUCACCAUGGACUUUUUAAGGAUCAUGCUCUAGAAGAAGCUCCCAACCCAAAUGGGCCAGGUUUUAUUUAUACUGGUAGAGUACGACAGAGGCUGUUUCUAGUGCUUGACUGUGUCAGUGCCCACCAAUUUAGUGAAAAAGGAAGCGAGUUAAUUAAUUUACAACAGUAUGUUACAAAAGUUAAGAAAGUACCUGAAAAAGAGGCAAUUUUGAUAUUCUAUGAUAUUGUGAGAGUAGUUGCUAAUUUACAUAAGAGAAACAUAGUACACAGAGAUCUUAAAUUAGGCAAUAUUGUAUUAAACCAAAGGACAGGACGGGUGAUUUUAACGAAUUUCUGUUUAGGAACACAUCUUGGCAGUGAUAGAGACUUAUUGAAGGAUCAGAGAGGAUCUCCAGCAUACAUAUCACCAGAUGUUCUAAUGUGUAAGCCUUACUUAGGCAAGCCAUCAGAUAUGUGGGCAUUAGGAGUUGUUCUAUACACAAUGUUGUACGGACAAUUUCCAUUCUGUGAUACAAGUCUAGCCCAGUUAUUUAGUAGGAUACAAGCUGCAAACUAUAAUAUACCUCCGGAUGGCAACCCAGUCCAUGUUUCUGACAACACAGUGUUUCUCAUUCAGAGGUUGUUGGUAAAGGAUCCUAAACAUAGACUUGUCGCCGAUCAGGUGCUAGACCAACUAUCAAGUAUUAUAGCUAGUUAUGUGGUUGUGCCAAAUCCACCGGAAGAUCUGCAAGUCGUUCCAGAUAUUCCCCUAGAAGAGGUGAAAGAGAAACCGUCUGAGAAAAGUAGCGAUUUGGAGAGGAAACCACUUUUCUCUGAUGCAGAGAGAACGCCUAACUCUAGUGACGAGUUGGGCGUAUACUGCGUUCCAUUACCAGAUUUCCUAGCCUUAAAUUUCCCUUCUCCAACCCGCGUUCAACAAAACAGUAUUCUGAUUCACCCCACAACAGACAACCACAGUACUAAGCAAAUUUCCAUACAACGAAUAGGCCGCGACGCGCGUCCCCUUCAGCCGAACGAAAUAGCUCGAUAUCAACAUUUAUUUACCCGCAAUCAAGAGAACUCGAGAAUCCGAAAUUUAGCACAACGCAUUCCGCGUUUAAAUUCCGUUCCGUCAACGUCGAACUCGGAAUUCCGCGCGAUUCCAUGGUCCGAACGGAGAAUCGAUAGGUUGGAUUCGGAUUACGUAUUGCGUUUUCCGGAUUCGAGACGGAUUAUGAACCCGCCUCAGAUACACUCGGUUAAUCCGGAAGCGGUGGUUAAUAACCCCCGGGCGCCUACUGACAAUGAUCUCGACUAUAAUUAAAUGUUUAUAUAUUAAAUGAAUAAGCUCUGGGAACCUUACUAAGAUUGAUUAAUUGUAAGUUUUUUUGAGAUACAUACGUUAAAACGCCUCAUGGAUUAGAUAUGCAUUUUACUUAAAUGCUAAUUACGGAUAACGGAUAGUUAAUUCAGUUUUCGACUGUUACAAGGAAAACUCUAAUUUAAAAUUCAAGCCGGUACUGAUAGUAUUUGAAAUUUUCGCGAGCUUCUGAUACUACUGAACUAAUUAAAAUUAAUUUUCAUAUCUAUUGACAUACUAAUUCUGUAUAUUAUGUUAUCAAUUUAAGUAAAAAAUCAUGUAUUUUUUUGAGGCAUCCAUUUUUUUAAAUAAGAUUUUUUUAUGAGUAGAGAAAAAUUAAAUGUACAUUUUCAUAAGUUCUAUAUUUUAGUGUUUCAGCAUGUGCAAGAUUUUCGAUAGGGUAAUCAAUAAUGCUAUUAUUUAAUUGUUAAUUAUAUUGGUGUAGGUGUAAAUAUAUGUUAUUUUAAUUCCUGGCUUAAACUACGCAUUCUAUUUUAUAGAAUAUGCUUAAAAAUCAAAACAUAGGUAGGUAUUUAGUGUUUAAUUGACUUGUAUUUGUGCGUAUGCAAAAUACAAUAAACUAUGGUGUUUAACUCAUGGAUUUCUAUACAGAUAAUGGAUUUAGUAACUAUUUUUAUGACUUAUUGUAGUAUGUAAAUAGCUAUUUUUACUUAUACAAUGACAAUGUGAAAUACUUAAAAUGAUCGUCCAUCUAUUAAAUGUUUCUCCUUUUAAUGCCGGCUACAAUUGUACCGGCACAAUCAAUACUAUAUAUGACAGCUCAAUGUAAGGGAUUUUUCUUACAAUUUGUAUAAUACGAAUAUACGAUAUUUUUUUUUUUCGUUUAGUCAUACUGUUCGAUUAAUAUGCUCAGGAAGGUAUGCUCUAAAUUUCUAUUACGUUGAUUUUUCGAUUUUACUUAUAAUUUCUUAGCGCAAAGCAUUCGAAUCUAGUAUAUAAAUAUCAUACAGCGCUCCAUCGACGGCUGUUAUGGUAAAAAAGGCUGGCUAUACGAGCUGGCGUUGAGCCUGUCCAUGGGCGACAAUAUCAUUUAAGUGAUAUCCCUGAAAGUGAAGGUUCUGUUCUAUAAAAAAAAAACAAAAAAAAAAACAAAAAAAAAAAACGAAUGAUUCAGAGCUGUCUAACACUUAUAUUUGUAUAAUGAUGCUACUUGUCGGCUCCCUUAAAAAGAUUAUAUUUCCAUUUUUAUUAAGGUUUUUGUAUUUUGUUAUUUAGUACUACAUAGAGAUAUUGUAGAUCAAUUUUGUUAUAAUAUGUUCGAGAAUGACGGUAUGUAAGUAAAUAAAUGAAUUAUAUUUUAUA